AUGAUUGUAGCCAUGAGGAAAAAUAAACAUUGUAAAUAUUUGAUUGAUCUUUUCAAAAAAGAUACCGAAGUCGAAGAUGAUCAGGAAGUACUUCGUAGUCUUACAUGUCGUCAAAGAUUAAUAAGAAAAAUUUAUCCAUUAGGAUUUCUAUAUGAAUUAAAAAAUUUACUGCGUUUAGCAGUACCUAUUACUAUUUCAUCAAUGCUAACAUAUACAAUUUCACCUGUUAGUAUGGCAUUCUGUGGUCAUUUAGGCAAAAUUCAAUUAGCCACAAUCGGUUUAGCUAUGUCAGUGUUCAGUGUUUGUGGUAUGUUUGUUAUUCUAGGAUUGCUCUCUGCAUGUGAUACAUUAUUUUCACAAACAUAUGGGAGUAUAAUGAAAGAUAAAAUGAUUGUUCAACUAUACAGAGCUGUUAUCUUAAUUUUACUAUGUUGUAUUCCAUCAUGUGCUUUGUACUUGAACGCGGAACCACUAUUAUUAUUACUUGGACAAAAUCCUUUAAUUGCAAAGGGAACUGGUGAAUUAUUGCUUUAUCUUAUACCGGGAUUACUUUUUAGUUCACUUGGACAAUUAUUUAUCAGGUUUGUUCAAACACAAAAUCAUGUAUAUGCUCCAUUAGUUAUUAUGAUUUUUGUGAACGGUAUCAAUGCAUUAAUGCAUUAUAUACUGAUUUAUAUAAUGAAUAUGGAUGUCAGAGCUUCACCAAUAUCUCAAGCAACAGCAUAUUUUUUUCAAGUGAUAUGCUUUAUUGUUUACAUAAAAUUCAUAGGUCUUUCAAAAGAUACCAACUUUAAAUUUACAACGGAAAUCUGGGAAGAUUGGAAUACAUGGUUUCGUUUAGCUAUACCUGGGUUAAUUAUGGUUAGUCUUGAAUGGACAAUUUAUGAAAUUGGUGGUUUUAUCGCUGGGACAUUGGGAGCUUGUGAACUUGCUGCACAAACUAUUAUUCUAUCUAUUGGAUCUAUUAGCUAUACUUUGCUUCCACUUGGUGUUGGUAGUGCAGCAGGUAUACGUGUAGGACAAUAUCUUGGUGCUCAAUCUGCUAGAGGCCCAUAUUCUGUAUUUAGUGUAGCAAUGACAUUAGUUGGCGGUUGGGCAUUACCAUAUUUGGGAAUUUUAAUUGCUACAAGAAGGUAUUUACCAAGAGUUUUUACAUCUGAUGAUGGCGUCAUUGAACUUGUCGCUGAACUAAUGCCAAUUAUAGCUUAUUUCCAAAUUAUCGAUGGUGCGAAUGGUAUAUGUAGUGGUGUCUUGAAAGGAUCAGGCUUACAAACAGUUGGAGCAGUUGUAAACAUAUUCUGUCUUUACAUGCUUGCUGUACCACUUGGGAUUUGUUUAGUUUAUGUAGUAAAUCUUAGGUUGACCGGUAUUUGGGUCGGUCUCGUUAGUGCUGCAACAUUACAAGUGUCUACAUUAUGCAUAAUAUGUUUCCGUUUGAAUUGGACAACACAAAUCAAACUGGCUAAAGAAAGAAUAAAAAUAGAGAAUGAAUCAUCAGAAAUGGCUAUGAAAAAUCUUGGUGAACUUACUGCUACUGGGAUUGUGAACGUUGAUGAUGAUAUUAAUAUUCCACAAAAAAAUCAUCAAUUUUACCAUUUAAAAAAUGAAAAAAAUCAUCAAUCAAUAAAACAAAAAAAUUCAUUUAAUAAAAUUAUUUUAAGAAAUAGAAUUAUUUUUAUAAUAAUUUUAUUUUUAAUUCUUAUUAUAAGUAUUUUAUGUAGAUUAUUAAUAAAUUUACAAAAUUAUUUUGGUAUUUAUUGUGUUUAUAAUAAUGAUACAUUUAUACAAAUUACUAAUUAUAAUAUUACUGAUAAUUGUACAGUAGUUAUUCCAUAAAAAAUUUUUUAAAAAACUUAAAAAAAUACAAAAAAACAUUUCUUGGUAGUUUGUUUUUGUUUUGUUUUAUUCUUUCAUGAAAAGAAACAUUAGCAAUUGAGUUCAUUACAAAUUAUUAAUGAUAAUAUUACCAAUAAUUGUACAGUAGUUAUUUCAUUAAAAUUUUUAAAAAAUAUAUAUAUAAUCUAAAAAAUAAUUAAACGUUUUUUUGGCAGUUUGUUUUGUUCCUUCAUGAAAAGGAAUAAUCACAAUUGAUUUCAUUACAAAUUACUAAUCAUAACAAUGCAGUAGUUAUUCCAUAAGAAAAAUUAAAAAAAAAUUUUUUUGGUAAUUUGUUUUUUUUUUUUUCAUGAACAGAAACGUUCACAAUUACUUUUCAUAUUUAAUGUUUGUUAAUUUUUUUUCCUUUUCUUUUUUUGAGAAAAAUUAGUUUUUAUGAAUUUAUUAAAAGAGUAUAUGAUACAAAUGUAAUUGAUCAAUUAGUAUUAUUGAAUAUUGAAUUCAAUAUCAACCUAUAUUUAUAUUGAAAUAUUUUGUAGAAAAAAAUCAUUAAAUAACCAUAAAUAAAUUUGAAUAGAUUUCUAUAAAGUGUGUGGUGUUGUACGUUUAUUUGUUUUAUUUAUUUGUUUUGUUUUUUACUUGACAUCAUAAACCGAUUUGUGUUAGACUAUCGUUGAAAACCUGGAAGCACUGGACGGCCAUUUCGUCCUAUUGUGCUCAUCCACGAUCUCGCUCGCACGAUUCUUGUUUGUUUGCUUGUUUAUUUUGAUAAACAAGUUGAGUAUAAUUAAAUGUUUAGAUGAAGAUUCGUUGAUUAAAAUAAUUUAUUAAUAAAUAAUGAAUAAAAUACUAUUUUUUGAUUUGUUUAUGUACAAUACAUUAUCUUAAAUAUUAAAUUUUAUAUGGUUUCUACUUUGUUAUUGAAGAUUUAUUAUUUUAACAUUUUAAUUUGAAUAUUAUUGAUGUAUGGUAAGGUGGAGUAUGGAAUAGUGAGCAUCAAUAUUCAAUCAGAUGUUAUAUCACUACUUGUUGUCAUUGUUUUGUUACGUUGUAAGAAGGAUAAUAUAUUUUCGGUAGCUUGAAUCAAGUAAAUGUUUAUGAACUAUAUGAGUCACAGUAUUUUUAUUAUGACUAGUAAUAUUAUCCCAUAGGUUAAGCUGAGUUAAUAGAAUGAGGUUCAAACAUGUUAUAAAUUGAUUGUAAGGUAACUUUGAACAGUUUCAUAAAUUUUUAUUUCAGUAAUUGGAUAGUCUGUGAAUGAAACUUAUUAGAUAAUUUUAUU